AUGAUGCUCAAGAUGCUGCCGUUUAAGCUGCUGCUGGUGGCCGUGGUUCUGUGCUUCUUCGAGGGGGAUGCCAAGUUUGGGGAGAGCGGCGCCCGGAGGAGAAGGUGCCUCAACGGGACCCCGCCGCGGCGGCUGAAGAAGCGGGACCGGCGGGUGCUGUCCCCGGAGGCCCCGGGCGGCGGGGAGGCGAUGUGCCGCGGCCUCUACCCCCGCCUGUCCUGCUGCUCCCGCUCCGAGGCGCAGGGACUGCCGCACGGCGAGGCCAAGGUCCUUUCUGUUACCAACAACACAGAAUGUGGAAAGCUACUGGAGGAAAUCAAGUGUGCACACUGCUCACCUCACGCUCAGAACCUAUUCCACUCACCUGAGAAAGGGGAAACUCCUGAAAAAGAACUAAUGCUUCCCUACCUGUGCAAAGACUAUUGUAAAGAAUUCUAUUACACCUGCAGAGGUCAUAUACCAGGUUUACUCCAAACUACAGCUGAUGAGUUUUGCUAUUACUAUGCAAGAAAAGAUGGUGGUGUGUGCUUUCCAGAUUUUCCAAGAAAACAAGUGCGAGGGCCGGCUUCUAACUCUCUGGACCACAUGGAAGAAUAUGACAAAGAGGAAGAGAUCAGCAGAAAACACAAGCACAACUGCUUCUGUAUUCAGGAGGUUGUGAGUGGACUAAGGCAACCUGUUGGAGCAGUACAUUGUGGGGAUGGAUCCCAUCGCCUCUUUAUUCUUGAGAAAGAAGGAUAUGUGAAGAUUUUUACUCCCGAAGGAGACAUACUCAAGGAGCCUUUUUUGGAUAUACACAAGCUUGUUCAAAGUGGAAUAAAGGGAGGAGAUGAAAGAGGACUGUUAAGCCUUGCAUUCCACCCCAAUUACAAGAAAAAUGGAAAGCUGUACGUGUCUUAUACCACCAACCAAGAACGGUGGGCUAUUGGACCUCAUGACCACAUCCUUAGGGUCGUGGAGUACACAGUAUCCAGGAAAAAUCCACACCAAGUUGACAUGAGGACAGCAAGAGUAUUUUUAGAAGUAGCAGAACUACAUCGAAAACAUCUAGGAGGACAGCUGCUGUUUGGCCCAGAUGGUUUCCUGUACAUUUUUCUUGGAGAUGGCAUGAUCACUCUAGAUGACAUGGAGGAGAUGGAUGGUUUAAGUGAUUUUACAGGUUCUGUAUUGCGCCUCGAUGUCAAUACUGACCUGUGCAAUGUGCCUUAUUCCAUCCCACGGAGCAACCCACACUUCAAUAGCACAAACCAACCUCCUGAGAUUUUUGCACAUGGACUCCACAAUCCAGGCCGGUGUGCUGUGGACCGGCACCCAACAGAUGUAAACAUCAAUUUAACUAUACUUUGUUCAGAUUCAAAUGGAAAGAACAGAUCUUCAGCAAGGAUCUUACAAAUAAUAAAGGGCAAAGACUAUGAGAGUGAGCCCUCACUUCUAGAAUUCAAACCAUUUAGCAGUGGGUCCCUGGUUGGUGGAUUUGUGUAUCGGGGCUGCCAGUCGGAGAGGCUCUAUGGAAGUUAUGUGUUUGGAGACCGCAAUGGAAAUUUUUUAACACUGCAACAGAGUCCUGCAACCAAACAGUGGCAAGAGAAACCCCUCUGUCUUGGCAACACUGGCUCAUGUAGAGGCUUCUUUUCAGGCCCUGUCUUCGGAUUUGGAGAAGAUGAAUUAGGUGAGAUUUACAUAUUAUCAAGCAGUAAAAGUAUGACACAGCCUCACAGUGGAAAACUCUACAAGAUCGUUGACCCAAAAAGGCCCUUAGUCCCUGAAGAAUGCAAAAGAACAGCUCAGCCUGCACAGAUACUGACAUCUGAAUGCUCAAGGCAUUGUCGGAACGGGCACUGCACUCCCACAGGAAAAUGCUGCUGUAAUCAAGGCUGGGAAGGAGAGUUCUGCAGAACUGCAAAAUGUGACCCAGCCUGUCGACAUGGAGGUGUCUGUGUAAGGCCCAAUAAAUGCUUAUGUAAAAAAGGCUAUCUCGGCCCCCAGUGUGAACAAGUGGAUAGAAACAUCCGAAGAGUGACAAGGGCAGGUAUUCUUGAUCAGAUCCUAGACAUGACAUCUUAUUUGCUGGAUCUAACCAGCUACAUUGUAUAGUUUCUGGGACUAUUUGGAAACUCCACUUUCAACGGGCAUUUGUUUUGAAUCCUGUCAUUUUUGAAAGACUGUUAUCCUGCAACAAACACCGGUGAUUUGAUUUACUUUAUUAAUUUAAGUGUAAUACCCACCACUGUGCAGAAAAACCCCUUGUAUGUGUGUAAAUAUUCCUGCACGUCUCCACAGACGUCCCGAUAUCCAACAUGUGCACACAUACACACGCAGCCGCUAUCACAAAUACGGUUUUGCAGAGAGUGGAAUCUUUUUUUAAUAUUUAUUUCUUCAUGAGAAAUAGUUUACAAAGCAAUUCCACUGUAAAACACAUUUUUGUCAAAGGACUAUUCCUGAUGUCUUAAUGGAUUCUUUGACAUCCCAGAAAUCUCGUUCCCGUACCUAUCUGAUUAUAGCAGCGAGAAAGCAGUUUCCAAACAUCGCUGUAUAAACUGCUGGACUUAAUAAAAUCCAGUUGUAACAGUUUCUAAGGUAAACUGAACUCCAUCCAUCAUGAGACAAUAUUUCAGAACUGCUUAAUGCAUUCCUAUCUAGGCAAUUCAUUGUAAGACUGUAACCUUCACUUUCAUCAAUGUAACUCUAUUACAGAAUGUUAUUUCUUUAUCUAGCAUAGAUGCAAAAAUCUGGUUAUCGCAGCUUAAUAUCAAGACUGUUUCAAGUGUUUAAUAAUUAAAUUAUAUUCGCAUAUUUCAAAACCAGUCAUCCUAGAAGGUCUGCUUUUUAUCAUAUUUUUUAUUUAACGAUGGGCACUGGGUUCAUGUUACAUAUUUAUAUUAUUUUAUUUUAUUUUUAUAAUAUAGAAAUCACCUAGAUGAGACAGCUUUACCAUGUCCUGUAAAAUACUAAAGUUACAUUUUUCACCAACUUAAUUGGAAAGACUGGGAAAGAGAGAGCAAACACACACACGCUUCAACGUGUUGUGGAUCUAAUCUAGAAAUGUACCUUUGUGUCAACUUGUGUUCAUUUACACAGGAUGAGAAAAAAAGCAGACGCCCAGCAACCAUAAUAAAAUUACAGCAUGUGUUAAAAGUGUCCAUAAAGUGAUUUCCACUGUAGCAGGACAGUGUAGGAGGUGAUACACGGGCAGACUCUGCCGAUGCCACACGGAACGGAGCGUCCCGGAGCGAGAGCUCCCACAAACGCGUGCUGCCUGUGCACGGUGUCGCUUGUACAAAACCUACAGCAGUUCCUGCCAAACACAGUUCUAAAUGUUCCUUGGAGAGCCAACAGUAAACCCAGUCUUUGUAAAUAUGUCAGUAAACGUGGUGUACAUGCUGUAGUCAGGUUUUCUAAGGUAAUAAUUAAUUACGUGUAUCUGCAGAACUGGUGCCCUCAUCUCCAGCUCUAAUUGCAGUUUCUUCGUUCACUACUUGCCAGCUAUCAGGUUUCCUUUGCACUACCUGAAAACUACCUACUGCAGCUUUUACAAAAUCUUGCCGAAGAAAAGAAAGCAGAGCAGCCCCAGUGUGCACAUCCUGUGGUCCUUAGAAGUAGCUGCUCAUGCAUCAAAGAUUGACAACACUUUAGCCAAACAUAUCUGAAAGACUUUAACCAUGUCAAUCUCCAGUAGUAAAAUCAUCUCUCCAGGCCAGAAACAUGCAGCAAAUUUUCCCUUAUAGAAAUUUAUCAGUGUUCAUUUAGUGAGUAUUAAAUCUGAAAUUACAGCAUAUCAGAUACUU